AAAAGUAGAGAUUCUAGUCUCGCGUCGUAAACACCACCCCUAAAAUUAGAAGAGAGAGAUUCCCAAAACUUCUGUUACUACUCGAAUCCCACAAUUUCAGAUAUCUUCCCCUCUCUCCCGUCUUGAUCUUUACAAUUAAGCUCUCAUUUCUUCGAUCAGAACUCUCAACGCCGCACAAAACCACAACACAAAGGAGCUUCUCUCACUCAGAACCGACAAAUGGAGGCCACUGUGUUCUCCCCUGUCUUGGAAGGAAUUCAGCAUGUCAAAUCUGAAGGAGGGGACAUUUUGACCAAGCCUUUCUUGGAUGUGUGCAAACAUAUUUUGCCUGUUAUCGAUAAGUUUGGAGCCGCUAUGGCACUUGUUAAAACUGACAUUGGAGGUAACAUUGUGAGAUUGGAGGCCAAGUAUUCUUCCAACCCAUCUGGAUUCCUUUACUUGUAUAGCUUGGUGAAGCCUGAGAUUGAAACUAAAACUGCAAAAGCAUCAUCCAGUUGCACGAAUGGUCUUCUUUGGUUGACAAGAGCAUUGGAUUUCUUGGUACAACUUUUUUGCAAUUUACUGGAGCAUCAGGAUUGGACAAUGGCUCAUGCCUGUACAGAAUCCUAUAGCAAGACCUUGAAGAAAUGGCAUGGCUGGCUGGCAAGUUCAAGUUUCAGUGUCGCGAUGAAGCUUGCUCCGGAUCGUAAGAAGUUCAUGGAUAUUAUAGCAGGCACCGGCAAUGYCGAAGUUGACAUAGAGAAGUUUUGUACAAAUCUUGCACCUCUCCUCGCGGAGAAUCACAAGUUUCUGGCUAGUGUUGGCAUGGACGAUCUCAAGGCUUCGUGAGAGGCUGAAAAUAGUGUGGCCGUCUCGUUUUAUUGUUACUUCCUCCAUCCGUUUGUUUGAAAUCGCUUUUAAAUCCUUCAGUUCAGACAUAUCUAUUAGACAUUAAUUCUAUUUUCUUUGCUUUGAUAAUCUUAUUUUUCAAUUUUGCACGUGCCUACGUGUGUCGAAUCACAACAAGCUUAUCAACAUUAAUGUCUUAACGGGAAUUCUAAUCUUGUAAAAUCCUCUUGAAAUACUUUUGACAUUUCUUUAUUGGAAAACUUUCUUUAUUAUCA